AGAAAGAAAAAUCAACACCCAGAAAGUAAAAUACAGUAAAUUAAUGGGGCUUUCAAUAGAAGAAGAAGAGAUAUGGAAAUGCAGGAAACAUCCAACAAAGAAGAAGAUAGUAUCAGGAGUAUGUCCAAGUUGUUUAAGAGAUAGACUCAAUAAACUUUGCCCUAAUUGUGCUUGUGAACUCCCUUGUGUGCAUUGUACGCCUCUAUCUACUUCUUCUUCUUCAUCUGGAUUUUCUACAUCAGAUGGAGUUGCAGGUGGAAUAAUUACUGGUAGAAUAUCAAAUCUUAUUGAGAACGAACCAGCUUUUCGACGAUCAAGAUCUACUGCAUUUCACAUUCUACGACCGUCCAGAUUUCUAAACAAUAAUACCCAAGAAUCGUCGAGAUUUGGACUUCCUCCGUCCGGUAAGAAAAAGAAAUCUUCAUCUUUCUGGUCGUCUGUUUUUACUAAGAAAUCAUCAUCUAAGAAAGUUGAAGAAGAAGAAGACACAGAAGAAAAACAAGAAGAAGAUGAGAAAGAAAAUCAACAAGAGAUGAAGAAAAUAAUGAUGAUUAGAUCAAAAUCUUGUUAUUCAGAACGAGAUCAGAUUAGUAAUCAGAAUAAUAAUAAUGGUGGUGGGGAUGAUGUUAGAUUUAGUACUAGUAGCAACUCCGGUAGUAGCAAAGAAAGAAGAAGUUGGUAUUUUCCGAGUCCAAUUAAAGUUUUCAGACAACAAUCCUUAAAGGUUAUUCAACAACGAUCUCCUUUAUGUCGAGGUUGACAUUUUCACCUUUUUAAUUUUUCUUUACUGUAAUUUUUAUAUUUUCUUAAAUUUCUUGCAUAUAAAACUGUAAUUGAUCUCAUUAUAUCAAGUGGAAAUGAAAACUGGGAUUUUACUAGGUUCUCUUCUUGUCAAAAAUCUGAUUUUGGGGUAAUAGUAUUUCAAUACUGCUGCUUAUGGAUAGAAGAAUUCAUCCACAGAUGUUGUUUUUCUUCACAUUCUGUAAUGGUUGAUUCUGAAGUUAUCAUCACUCUUUGGGCUUCUUACAAGAUGCUCCUAUGUGGAUUGUCUAUCUUGUCAUGCUUCUUUCUCAGCUAUUUGCAUAUGAGGUGGUAUUCAGAUAGUCUUAAGUUUCAUCUUCUAAAAUUGGUAGUGCUUCAACAUUUUGAGAUUUAUUUGGUUUACAAUUUUCAGUUGUUGAAAUUGUUGUUUGAAGGCAGUCGAUUGUUAUGAAUAGUUACAAUAUACUGUAUCGUGGGAUUUUAGUAUACUCGUUGCAUUAUGAUCAAGCUGCAAGUUCUGGUUAUUGACAAGUGAUGCUAUAAUUCUUGAAGGGUCUCUAAUGAUUUGCAGUUUUCUGAGUGAAGAGGUGUUUAUUGGGAAUUGUAAUGGGUUUAUGACAGGCUUAUGGUCUGUGCAAUCAUGGUGGACACCUUUAUUUUUCAGCAGUCAGCUUGUAUUGUUCUUCUUUUUAGGUCUUCUGCAAUUUCAGGUCUUGUUGUUCUUUUCUAACUGCAGGGUUGCAAUAUUUGCAAAAUUGUGUUUCCUGCAACAAGUUUUGCUUGUAGUGCUUGCAAGUCAGUGCAGGUGGUUCCAACAAGUCUGGUAAAUGUUGUAUAUGGAUUAUUGCUGGAGUAGUUUCUGAUGGGAGUUUCUUUCAGUAGUGAAUAUAGCUUUAACUGUAGCACCAGGUGCCAUUGUUCAUGUUUUGAAGAAAGAAGAGAUAGUAUUGUGUUUAUUGUUCCUUCAUCUGAUAUGGGUAAGAGGAGUCGACAGAAUGUUUGUUGGUAGAUAUUAUGGCUUGGGUGUAUGAUUAUUGCAGGCAACUGAGGCAAGAUUAGAAAAUGGACGUUAACAAGAUAUUCAGUGGAUUAUUUCUGUAUUGCUUACUUAUGUUAGACCCUUUUGGGUAUUAUCUUGAACAGAAGAUGUUCCUGAAGUGUCUGAAGGACAGAUUGAAAUUGUUGGAGAGCCUGACAACAGGACAAACAUGGACAGAAGUUAUGAGUGUGCUGAAUAAAAAUACUGUUUAAUUGAUUAAGGACUCGAAUGGUCACCAUGUGAUUCAACAUUGCUUGAAGAUUUUUUCAAAUGAAGAGAAUAAACGUCUUUUCAGGACUUCAGUAAGCCACUGUGUUGGCAUUGCCAGAGCUGCAAUGGGUGUUGUGUUUUGCAUCAAUUUGAUGUUUAGGUCAAACAGAUGGACAUCUGCAAGAUCACUUUGUUGCUGCAGUAAACGCAAAUUGCACUGGUUCUAGCACAAAAUCCAUUUGUUGGUUCUGCCGUAUGUAGUGGCACUGAGUUUAGCAGCAAUCUGGUGGGGAAGUUUCUGAAAGAAUCUGAUGAUGAAUCUGUUACUGCGUUCGCCAUUCAAUAUGCUUCAGUUUACAACACCUUCCAGGGCAGUUUCCUACAUGGUAGUGGAGUUCGAACAUUGAUGGUGCCCUUCAUACAGGCAACUCCAAAUGGCGUUUCACAAGUUAAAAUUCUGGUACCAGUCAUGGAAAUGGGCAUCGAGGAAUUCAACGGGGGUGGGUAAAACUUAUGAUUCUUGGUUAUUACAUAGAUGUUUUUUUUUCCACCUUAAGCUUCUUAACAUUCUCAUUUGAAUGAGUUUAUAAACUAUCCAUGCUUUCCUUGUUUUAAGUGAGUUCAUAAAUUAUCCAUGCUUUCCUUUGUA